AUGGAUGCUGUGAUCAAGCGCUGGAACAAGAACAGCAAGACCAUGAGUUCCAACUUUGAACUGGUCAAGGGAGACAUGGAGCAGCUGGAGGUGGCCUUCAACUCUGACCUUGAGAGUGUUCAUGCCAAACUCUACAAGCUUAGGAGGGAGAUGGAGAAGGUCAAGACAAGCUUGACUUCUGAGCAGCUGCAGGCCUGUAGCAUUGUGCAGAAAAAACUCUGUUUGGCUCUGAAUGCCAUCAUCAGUUAUGACUCUGAGAUGAAGGGCACGCCUGUGCCAGGCAAAAAUGGCUUCAAACCCAAUGUGCCUGAGGAUGGCGAGCCAUACGUACUGAUCAACUGGGACACACCUGCUUGGAACAAGGGCACAAACAAGGCAAUUGUUGACAAGAUUGAUGAUCUUGUCAUGAGCAAGCACAAGAGUGCCAAGAGUCUAAGCAGGCAACAAGGAAGUGGAGUAGACCUGAUGACUAAGACCUAUCUACAGUAUAGGUACCUGUGGAUGAUCCUAAGAGACCAAGUCUGA